AUGGCAUACCGAUACUCAAAUAUUGAGUAUACUGAAAUGGUGCGAAUUUUAGCAAUUUGCAAUGAUAACGUUAGUGAAGCCUGCCGUGAAUAUUCAAGGCGAUUUCCCAACUCACGUGCACCGAGCUACGCUACGAUGCUAGGUACUACAAAGCGAUUGCGAGAUUACGGGCAAUUCCAGCCUGUAUCAAUCGAUCGUGGUCGUCCACCGCGGCGCACAGUACGUGAGCAGGAAGACAUACUGCAGUUUUUUGAACAAAAUCCAGCAGCGAGCACUUAUGAGGCAGCCCGACAGUUCAAUGUGUCACAGUACUACGCAUGGAGUGUCAUACACAAUGAAGGGAAGUACCCUUCCACUUGCAUCGUGUUCAUGAACUCAGCGAAGCUGACAAACCAACGCGAGUUACAUUUUGUAACUGGUUACUAG